UAGAUUGCCCUGCUUAUAGUCGGCUAUGCGGCUAUCAUCGAUAUCACUCACAUCUCUACUUUGAAUAGUGAGAUAUCGCUGUACAGGUCACAACAUCCGAUUAUCUGAUGCCUCCGGUUCGAGCGGCCUUGUGGCGCACUCUGCGUGCCCACCAAGUCUACGGCGCCAACACGGACGUAGGCAAAACCAUUGUGUCUACCAUUCUAUGUAAUGCGGUACAACGUCGCAAGGCUGAAAAGGCGGCAUUCCUGAAGCCAGUCUCUACAGGGCCAUUGGACGAGGCAGAUGACAGACACAUCCAACGUCAUGCGGCAGGUGCAUUGACCAAAUGUUUGUAUCAAUUUGAUGAGCCGGUGAGCCCGCAUAUCGCUGCUCGACAGAAAAACUUCGUGAUCCCUCGGGACGAUGAUAUCCUCGGUUCCGUGCAUAAGACACUCUCCGAAUGGGCCCGCACUGGAGUCAGUUUCGCUCUCGUAGAGACUGCCGGCGGAGUCCAUUCGCCUGGGCCGAAUGGUAACUCGCAGGCAGAUCUUUACCGGCCCCUUCGUUUGCCGGUGGUUCUUGUCGCAGAUUCGCGACUUGGGGGCAUCUCGUCUUCCAUUUCCGCCUACGAAUCACUACUGCUUCGCGGUUACGAUGUCAAUUCAGUGCUCCUGUUCCGCGACGAUUACUACAAGAACCAUGAGUACUUGGGUGACUACUUCCGCAAUAGGAGCAUUCCCCUUUCGCAGGAUGCCGCGUCCCUGGCGCAGGACGAGGAGGCCAUGGCAGGCUACUAUCAGCAAGUCGCGCAGGAAUCAGACGUCCAAGGUCUAUUGGAUGAACUAGCGGCGAGAAAUGCCGAGAGAAUCGAUCGUCUAGAGUCAAUGGCUAGUCGGGCUCAUGAUACGAUAUGGUACCCCUUUACGCAGCACCAUGGCAUGACGGUCAAGGAUAUCACUGUGAUCGACUCUGCACAUGACGAUUACUUCCAAACUUUGGAGUCGGGUGGCAGCGCAGAUCAGGGUAGUUUGCAACCAACGUUUGACGGCUCAGCGUCGUGGUGGACUCAAGGUCUUGGACAUGGCAACCCGGAGCUUGCCUUGUCGGCUGCGUACGCAGCUGGACGAUAUGGACAUGUCAUGUUUGCGGGGAAUGUUCACGAGCCCGCGCUAUCGCUCGCAGAGCUCCUGAAAGACACUCUCGGAAACCCUCGGCUCCAGAAGGUCUUCUACACCGAUAAUGGAAGCACGGGGAUGGAAGUGGCUGUGAAGAUGGGUCUUCGUGCGGCAUGCCAUCGCUACGGUUUCGACGCCAGCAAGGAACAGAUCAGUAUUCUUGGCCUCAAGGGAAGCUACCAUGGCGACACGAUCGGGGUCAUGGAUUGCUCGGAGCCGUCGACUUAUAACCAGAAGGUCGAGUGGUACCGCGGUCGCGGCUACUGGUUCGAUUUUCCCUUGGUGAAAAUGUCCCAGGGAACUUGGAAGAUUGAGAUUCCUAAAGAGCUGCGAAACUCCUUGGGCGAGGAUCUCGAGUUUUCCUCGUUGAACUCGGUAUUUGAUUUGGAGAGCCGUGUCAAAUCGGAAGCGGGACAACGCUACAGAGAUUUCAUACGCACUACGAUUGAAGACCUGGUCCACAGGCAAGGAAUGAAGUUCGGUUCUCUCAUCAUGGAGCCUAUCAUUCUCGGAGCCGGUGGAAUGCUCUUCUGUGAUCCCCUAUUCCAACGAUGCCUCGCAGACGUGGUCCGCAGUCAUCCAGAGCUCUUCACGGCCAACGCUACAGAUACAAACAGCCUAGGAUCGGAGACAUCCUGGUCAGGUCUCCCGAUCAUCUUCGACGAGGUUUUCACUGGACUCUACCGUCUCGGACGCAAGUCAGCGGCCUCCUUCCUGAAUGUCCAUCCUGACAUCGCCGUGAACGCGAAACUCCUGACAGGUGGUCUUCUACCUCUUUGCACCACACUUGCGAGCGAUGAGAUUUUCCAAGCAUUCUCCAGUCCCGAAAAGAGCGAUGCCCUGUUGCACGGACACAGUUAUACCGCGCACGCCGUCGGCUGCACGGUCGCAGUGGAUUCCCUGCGAACCAUGACGAAGAUGGAAAGCAGUGGGUCAUGGAACGCGUACCGCAAUGACUGGAAAGCAGUUGAUGUGUCUGGGGAAGAUAAUUCCCCGGAGGCCUGGUCGGUGUGGUCCCGCGAUCUGCUGCGUGACCUGUCAUACGCCGAGUCGGUCGAGAGCGUUUUCGCUCUCGGCACCGUACUCAGUAUCUCACUGAGAGACGCCCAAGGCGGAGGCUAUACCUCCACCGCAGCCAAGGGCCUGCAGCAGAGAUUAUCGGCGGGCGGGCCAAAGUUUAACGUCCAUUCAAGAGUGCUGGGAAAUGUGCUCUACCUCAUGUCGAGCGUCACGUCGAAACCCGAGACUAGGGGAAUGUCUAUCACCAAUCAACUAUCAGUAUGGAAUACGCUAAGAUAUUAUCAAAUUGAUUUGCAUCAGUCAAAAGAUAACUGCCGGUUCCGGUUGUCCGACCAGUCGAUCCAAUUGGUCUAUCCAGAAGUCAGAGCCAGGGACAGCGGAGCCUUUUCCCGCCAGAAUCAGGAACGAAAGACACUCAACGCUGGAGGAUCUACAUCAUCAAACAUUGUGUACGUACUUUCAAUUACGAUGAUGGUAAACAGAGAAUAUGAAAGAAUGAAUGAAUGGAUGGAUGGAUGUAGUAUUGAAUUGCAAUGUGGAUCACAAUACAUCAUCAGUUCUGUAUCCGCGCUCUGAAUUCAACCAUCGACAGAUGCGGUUGGGGUCAACAAGAACUGUACAAUUCCGGAGAAUAGUGACUCAUCUAUUUCAUAAUCCAAUUUCGUACCUACAAUUAAGUUAUG